AUGCCGACACCGCCCGUCGCCGCUCUCGCGACCGCCCGCGGCAAGAAACAAGCUCCGUCGAGAUUUCAAAGUGUUCUCUGUUUGCGACAUUUUCCAGAUUGGACCGGGCCCGGUCGGUCGGCUUGUCCUCAGCAACGAGCAGCGGCUGCGGCGGCUGCAGUUGCAGCAGCGGCGGCGGCGGCGGCGGCGAGCCACGAGAACGCGGAGCUCGCGCAGAAACGAAGAUUCGUCUGCGGCACCUGCGGCAAAUCGUACAAGUGGAAGGAGUCGCUUUUGAAACACAGGCGGAUCGAGUGCGGGAAACUGCCGCAGUUCUGUUGCGAGUUCUGCGGCUAUCGGUUCAUGCACAAGCACCAUUUAAUGAAACACGUGUCCGCCAUCCAUCAGCUGGACCAGCCGAACGUCGCCGUCAUGCUGACGUACCAGUGACGCGCGACCGACCGUUAGAGAAAGCUGUACCUUUGUCGAAUAAAAUUCUACUGUCAACGGCGAA